CUCAAGAAAAUAGACGGAGAGAGACGAUCUCUUGACUCACACCGGAAGAUCCAACCAUCGUCAAAAGAAAAAUCUCCUUUAUUUUCUCUCUAGUUUUCUCACUUGCCAAACAGGAAGGUAAUUUGCUCUGAUUUUACAUGAGAAAACGCAUUCGCCGGUGAAAUUCCGGGCAGGGGAUAGUUUUGAAGUUAGAUUAGUUUCUUCUCUAAAAGAACCAACCUUAUCGAUCGAGUUUCGUGGGCAGGUGUCUUUUGGUUUUCUGAAUUGAGAUUUGACUGGUUUUACUUCCGUCGGUGAUGCUCGGACACCUGUUCUUGUGUGCCCUUCUGUUGCAUGUAUAUGGAACCGCGCUCUGUCUUAGCUCAUCGAGCUACAGGGUCACUGAGGUAGGGAGGCAAGUGGAUCAAACCAGAUCUAGACAUUUCAGUUCCGGGGGUUGGGUGAAUUGUCAAGACCUAGAGGGUGUUGGAUCAUUGGAUACGACGUGCACGCUGAAUUCAAAUCUGCGUUUUAAUUCUGAUAUUUAUGUGAAUGGAACGGGAAGUCUAAAGAUACUUGCCCAUGUCUUGGUUGAGUGCCCAUUUGAAGGAUGUAUGAUUACCUUUAAUGUGUCUGGAAAUAUUCAUGUGGGUCAGUCAGCCGGUAUAGUUGCUGGUUCCGUGGUUCUUUCUGGUACCAAUUUGACAGUAGAGAGCAAUUCCUCUGUCUAUACAACGGCAUUGGGUGGACCGCCUCCUUCACAGACCAGUGGAACACCGGUUGGUUAUGAUGGAGCUGGUGGAGGGCAUGGAGGAAGGGGGGCUUCCUGCGUGAAAAGCAAAAAGUCAAGUUUCUGGGGCGGUGAUGUUUAUGCAUGGUCGACUUUGGAUAAACCGUGGAGCUAUGGGAGCAAAGGCGGUGGUACGUCAGCUACAAAGAAAACGGGGGGUAAUGGUGGUGGUCGCAUCAAACUCCAAUUUAAGGACACGAUAUACUUAAAUGGAACGGUUGCUUCUGAUGGUGGUGACAGAGGGGAGGAUGGAGGUGGAGGGUCUGGGGGAAGCAUCCAUGCUCUUGCAGUGAAGCUAAAGGGUUUUGGAACAAUAUCUUCCACAGGUGGGAGGGGAUGGGGUGGAGGUGGUGGAGGGAGGAUCUGUCUGGACUGCUACAGCAUACAAGAAGAUAUUAAAGUUACUGUACAUGGUGGUUCAAGUAUUGGGUGCCCUGAGAAUGCUGGAGCAGCUGGUACAUACUUCAAUGCAAAUUUGGUUAGUUUGAGGGUUGGAAAUGACAACAUGACUACAGAGACAGAGACUCCUUUGCUUGAUUUUCCUACAAGGCCUCUUUGGUCAAACAUUUACGUGGAGAACAAUGCAAAAGUUUUGGUACCUCUGCUUUGGACCAGAAUGCAGGUCAGAGGUCAGAUCAGUCUAUAUCGUGGAAGCAGCAUUGUCUUUGGGUUAUCUAAUUUUCCCAUUUCAGAAUUUGAGCUUGUCGCAGAAGAACUUUUGAUGAGUGAUUCCAUUAUCAAGGUUUUUGGUGCAUUUCGAGUGGUUACAAAGAUGCUGCUUAUGUUGAACUCUAUGAUUCAAAUUGAUGGCGAAGGAAAUACUGUUGUGACUUCCUCUAUCCUUGAAGUCCGUAAUCUUGCAGUUCUAACGAAAAAUUCCGUCAUUACUUCUAAUGCUAAUUUGGGCGUAUACGGCCAAGGGAUGUUGAAGCUGACUGGCUUAGGGGAUGCAAUUAAAGGCCAGCGACUUUCUUUAUCACAGUUUUACAACAUAACUGUCGGACCAGGUUCUUUACUUCAGGCACCACUUAAUGAUGAUGCAAGCAGAAAUGCCGUUACUCAGACCCUUUGCGAGAGCAGUACAUGCCCAAUAGACUUAAUAAGUCCUCCAGAUGAUUGCCAUGUCAAUUAUACACUGUCCUUUUCCCUUCAGAUAUGUCGCGUUGAAGACAUUCUUGUGAGUGGCCUUGUCAAAGGAAGUAUAAUCCAAAUUCACAGGGCAAGGACAGUCGUAAUUGCUAAUGAUGGUUUGAUAUCUUCAUCUGGGUUAGGUUGCAGUGGUGGCAUUGGAAAGGGGCAUUAUUCAAAUGGGGCUGGUAGUGGUGCUGGGCAUGGAGGGAGAGGGGGCUCAGGUUUUUUCAAUGGAAGAGUCUGCAAUGGUGGUCAUACUUACGGGGAUCCUGACUUUCCCUGUGAGCUUGGCAGUGGGGCUGAGGGUCCAGAUAAAUCAUAUAGGGAUGUGAUUGGCGGAGGGAUGAUUGUAAUUGGUUCCAUCCAUUUUCCCCUGUCCAUACUUAAUCUGCAUGGAUCUCUAAGUGCUGAUGGACAAAGCUUUGGAAAGGCAAUAUCAAGCCGCAAUGGAUAUUUGGUCGGUGGACUUGGUGGAGGAUCUGGUGGGACAAUUCUUCUUUUCCUUCAGAUGCUUGAACUCUCAAAAAAUUCAUCUCUGUCAGUUCGAGGGGGCAAUGGUGGUCCUCUCGGAGGUGGUGGCGGUGGAGGUGGGAGAGUUCAUUUUCACUGGGACAUGAUACACAUUGGUGACGAGUAUUUUCCUGUUGCAACUAUUAAGGGUUCAAUUGACAGUAGAGGAGGUGCAGGAGAAAAUGGGGGUCGUUUCGGGGAAGAGGGCACAAUUACUGGGAAAAAGUGUCCAAAGGGACUCUAUGGUACAUAUUGCCUUGAAUGCCCUGUUGGUACUUACAAGAACGUUGAAGGCUCUGAGGAAAGUCUCUGCACACCUUGCCCACCUGAGCGUCUUCCAAGUCGUGCAAAAUUUGUUUAUGUACGAGGAGGAGUUAGUGAACCUGUUUGUCCCUACAAAUGCGUGUCUGACAAAUACAGGAUGCCGAACUGCUAUACACCUCUAGAAGAUCUUAUAUAUGCAUUUGGAGGCCCGUGGCCCUUCACUCUUCUUCUGUCUUGUGUGGUGGUUAUCCUGGGUCUAUUGCUAAGUGUGUUGAGUAUCAAAUUGCUCAGAUUAAGUUUCUAUGGUGUCAAUUCCAUUGAACACCGUAGUUCUCAUUGUUUACCCCAUCUUCUCUCAUUAUCUGAGGUGCAAGGUGCAAGAGCAGAUGAGACGCAAACCCAUGCUUAUCGUUUAUACUUCAUGGGGCCAAACAUUUUCAGAGAACCCUGGCAUCUUCCCUACUCUCCUCCUGAUUCAAUCAUUGAGAUAGUGUAUGAAGACGCUUUUAACAGAUUUAUUGAUGAGAUCAAUUCUAUCGCUGCGUAUGACUGGUGGGAGGGGUCUGUACACAGCAUUUUGUCAGUUCUUGCAAACCCUUGUGCCUGGUCCUGGAAGCAGUGGCGUCGGAGGAAAAAAAUCCAUCGACUUCAGGAAUAUGUAAAAUCUGAAUAUGACCACUCUUGCCUCCGAUCAUGUAGAUCUAGAGCUCUUUAUAAAGGCAUGAAGGUCGGAGCCACACAAGACCUGAUGGUCGCGUACAUAGAUUUCUUUCUCGGUGGUGACGAGAAGCGCGUAGACAUGGUAUCUAUCAUACAGAAAAGAUUCCCGAUGUGCAUACUCUUCGGAGGAGAUGGUAGCUAUAUGUCCCCCUACAGCCUUCAUAGUGAUACACUACUAACAAAUCUUCUCGGCCAGCACAUUCCACCAAGUGUCUGGCACCGUUUUGUUGCUGGUUUAAAUGCCCAAUUAAGGACUGUGAGGCACGGAUCCAUCCGUUCAGCCUUGCUCCCUGUCAUUAGCUGGAUAAACAGCCAUGCAAAUCCUCAACUUGAAUUCCAUGGAGUAAGAAUUGAACUAGGAUGGUUUCAAGCGACAGCUUCUGGUUAUUACCAGCUUGGUAUCUUGGUUUUCGUUGGCGAUUAUCCACUGAACACUGUUGGUCAAUCAGAUUCAUUCAGCAGAAGCUAUGAUGAAUUCACUCGGAACAACGCUUCAUAUCCCUACAAAACUCUUACGCAGCUGCAGCAAAACUUGAUCCAACCAGGACAUGGAUUAUCUCGGAAGAGAAUCACCGGUGGAAUCAAUGGGGGUCUCAUUAGUGAGGUGACGCUAAAAUCGUUGGAAUACAAAAGGGAUUUCCUCUUUCCAUUUUCCCUCUUGUUGAACAAUACUCGACCAGUUGGUCGUCAGGGUACCCUUCUGCGUUUGAUUUCCAUCCUUCUUCUUGCGGAUCUAUCGGUUACCCUCCUCGCAUUGCUUCAGUUCUAUUGGCUUUCCCUUGGGGCCUUUCUCGCUGUUCUCCUUAUUCUUCCUCUAUCCAUGAUUUGUCCAUUUCCGGCUGGUCUUAACGCUUUAUUCAGCAGAGAAAUGAGAAGAGCCUCACUUACUCGUAUCUACGCCCUGUGGAAUGCGACGUCUCUGACAAACGUUAUUGUUGCUUUCAUCUGCGGUGUCAUCCAUUAUGGAUUUUUCUCUAAGCAGCCAAAUGAUAAGGCAAAUAUCUGGAACGCCUUAAGGGAUGAUGACAAGUGGUGGAUGUUGCCAACAGUCCUCGUAGUAAUCAAGUCAGUACAAGCUCGGUUCAUAGACUGGCAUGUCGCUAAUCUUGAAGUGUCGGACUUUUCCCUUCUUUGUCCCGAUCCAGACACCUUCUGGGCAUACGAAUCGGGUGCUUGACGCACCGAAUCUUGCCAAAGGUCAUACCAUCUUUUGUUUUUCUUGUGUUACAUUUUUGUACAAAUUCACAGCGACUCUUAGAACAUCUCAGGUAUAGUUGUAGAGAGCGCAACUGAUAUAUUAUAAUGUUUAGGGUUUCUUUUUGUUGAA